CUCGAGCGGUCCCUGGGACUGCGGCGCUAGGCGUCUUCGUGGCCGCGCCUUCGGAGAGGGCCCGGGCGCGUAGCAGUGGCGGCCUCGCCACUCUAGCCCACUCCUGCUCGCCGCCUCCAGCCUCCGCAGCCAGAGGACCGUUGGCGGCGGCGCGGCCCAGCCGCGGAGGUCGGAGCGGCCGCCAGCUGCCCGGCUCCAGCGCGCCUCCAUGGCACUGGGCGCCGGGGGCGCGGGGAGAUGCUGAUCCGGAAGAGGCAGUGGCUGCAGUGCCGCGCGCGCGGCCGCUCCCUGCCCGCCGUCCGGCCCGGGCUGCUCUGUCAGAGUUUUUGAUCUAACGCGAACCGGGCACGGAACCUGAGCGGCAGCAGCGCGACGGCGCCGGCAUCGUCCUAACUUGCACGCGCGGAGUGACCCCAGCCAUUUCACUAAAAUGAGCGUGCUUAGCAGGAAGAGAUGUGUUCCUUACACUACAAAUUACCCCGUCACAUGUAGCGGUGUCCCAAUUAAUGGAUUCUGACAUGGAUUAUGAAAGGCCAAACGUAGAGACCAUCAAGUGCGUGGUAGUGGGGGACAACGCUGUGGGCAAGACCAGGCUCAUCUGUGCCCGGGCCUGCAAUGCCACCCUCACCCAGUACCAGCUGCUCGCCACCCACGUGCCCACAGUGUGGGCCAUCGACCAGUACCGGGUGUGUCAGGAGGUGCUGGAACGUUCCCGAGAUGUGGUAGAUGAUGUCAGCGUGUCCCUCCGCCUCUGGGACACCUUUGGAGAUCACCACAAAGACCGUCGCUUUGCUUAUGGGAGAUCCGAUGUGGUGGUUCUGUGCUUCUCCAUUGCCAACCCCAACUCCCUCCACCAUGUCAAGACCAUGUGGUACCCAGAAAUCAAACACUUCUGCCCCCGAGCACCUGUCAUCUUGGUGGGCUGCCAGCUGGACCUGCGCUACGCCGACCUGGAGGCUGUCAAUAGGGCCAGGAGACCCUUGGCUAGGCCCAUCAAGCCCAAUGAGAUACUUCCCCCGGAGAAGGGUCGGGAGGUGGCCAAGGAGCUGGGCAUCCCCUACUACGAGACCAGCGUGGUGGCCCAGUUCGGCAUCAAGGACGUCUUUGACAACGCCAUCCGUGCAGCGCUCAUCUCCCGCCGGCACCUGCAGUUCUGGAAGUCCCACCUCCGCAAUGUGCAGCGGCCUCUGCUGCAGGCGCCCUUCCUGCCCCCCAAGCCGCCUCCCCCCAUCAUCGUGGUGCCCGACCCCCCCUCCAGCAGCGAGGAGUGCCCCGCCCACCUCCUGGAGGACCCGCUGUGCGCGGACGUCAUCCUGGUGCUGCAGGAGCGUGUGCGCAUCUUUGCCCACAAGAUCUACCUCUCCACUUCCUCCUCCAAGUUCUACGACCUGUUCCUCAUGGACCUGAGUGAGGGGGAGCUGGGGGGCCCCUCAGGGUCAGGGGGCCCCUGCCCGGAGGACCACCGCGGUCACCCUGAUCAACACCACCACCAUCACCACCACCACCACGGCCGGGACUUCCUGCUUCGGGCAGCCAGCUUUGAUGUGUGCGAGAGCGUGGAGGAGAGCGGGGGCUCCGGGCCCGCGGGGCUCCGGGCUUCAACUAGCGACGGGAUCUUACGGGGCAAUGGGACAGGGUACCUGCCUGGGAGGGGUCGAGUGCUGUCUUCCUGGAGCCGAGCUUUUGUGAGCAUCCAGGAAGAGAUGGCAGAGGACCCACUGACUUAUAAAUCCCGGCUGAUGGUGGUGGUGAAAAUGGACAACUCCAUCCAGCCGGGCCCCUUCCGGGCUGUUCUCAAGUACCUGUACACAGGGGAGCUGGACGAGAAUGAGCGGGACCUUAUGCACAUCGCCCACAUCGCUGAGCUGCUCGAGGUCUUCGACCUGCGCAUGAUGGUGGCCAACAUUCUCAACAACGAGGCCUUCAUGAACCAGGAGAUCACCAAGGCCUUCCACGUCCGCCGGACCAACCGGGUUAAAGAGUGCUUGGCAAAAGGCACCUUCUCAGAUGUGACCUUCAUCCUGGAUGAUGGCACCAUCAGCGCCCACAAGCCCCUGUUGAUUUCCAGCUGUGACUGGAUGGCUGCCAUGUUUGGGGGGCCGUUUGUGGAGAGUUCCACCAGGGAGGUGGUGUUUCCUUACACGAGCAAGAGCUGCAUGAGGGCCGUGCUGGAAUACCUGUACACAGGCAUGUUCACCUCCAGCCCUGACCUGGACGACAUGAAGCUCAUCAUCCUGGCCAACCGCCUCUGCCUGCCACACUUGGUCGCCCUCACAGAGCAAUACACAGUGACCGGGCUGAUGGAAGCAACUCAGAUGAUGGUAGACAUCGAUGGGGACGUCCUUGUGUUCCUGGAACUGGCUCAGUUCCACUGCGCGUAUCAGUUGGCCGACUGGUGUCUCCACCACAUCUGCACCAACUACAACAACGUGUGUCGCAAGUUCCCUCGAGACAUGAAGGCCAUGUCCCCAGAUUUAGAAGACGGAGGAGUCCCUGUGAUGAAGGUGGAGCUAGAGAGACUGAGUUCUUGGCCUCAGAGCUCAGGAGUCACCUCGUCUAAGAAAGAUGCUUUAGGAAGAGGAACUGGUUUUCAGUCCCAGGGCCCUAGGUGGGCUCCACCACCAAGAGGUUGGCUUUAGGUCUGGGAUAGAGCAAACCCAGAAACAAUGGAAACUCUGCAUCAAUUUUUUGGUGCCAAGACCUAGGGAUUUGAAAUUAAGUCCUUGUCAAGAGAAGGAGCAGGAGGUGGCAGGUCAGGCGGGUCUAGAGUGGCUGUGACCCGUGUUGUCUGAGCCCCAGACUUGGAGACCAUGGCUGCCUCCCCUCCAAGUCCUUCUCGAGGUGGCAGGCUGGGAAAGCAGACGUGUGCUGCCCUCUACUGGCUGGUUAGCUCCCUGCCGCUGAGCUCAGGGCGAGCCUGAGGAGCAAUGGGCGGGACAGGAGGGGAGCCUCCAAGGUGGGGGUGCAGCUCUGCCCCCAGCACCUUCACUGUGGGGAGGGGACAGAGGAGGGGCCGGGGGGCCUCCCGGGAACUCUAGGUGGGUGGGAGAGCCAGGGCCUGAAGUCCAAUGGCAAGGGAAUUGGGGCUCCAAGAGGUUGCAGGGCUGAGCCACUGGGCCCACUGAUGAGGAUGCAGAAAGGCCAGCGGGGACAGAAAGGGAAGGUGGCCCAGGAGCUGCAGGAGGCCCCCAGGGGAGGGGGUCACAGAAUGACCCCAACCAGCAGGGCCCCACCCCCAAUUCCCAGCAGCUCUGUCAGAGCUGGUCUGCACCUCAAGGGAGCCCAGCAGGCCCAGAUGAGGCCCAGAGACAUCGCCUGCGGAGGCUGUGGGGAAGCCGGGCCAGGCUGGGGUCCUUUCUUCAGGGGAAGGGCAGGGAAGAGAGGGAGGGAGGAGGGGCUGGAUUCCAGUCCUCCAAGAACCUGGCACCCGGAAAUCCAGAGUCAGAGCAGGAGACACACCCAUGCAGGGCAAGCUUGAGCCCGAGGCAUAAAAGGGAGAAGGAUGGAGCGGGUCACACAGGAAGAACACACACCCCUGCACCCGGGUCACUCAGCACUGCUCCAGAGAACAGUAAGAUGGGGGAGAAAACACACACACACGCCUCUUUUUAUAUAAAAUUGCAUAUUUAAUUUGGUCAUGAAUUCAUAAACACAUGAAUAUUUUGUACCUAAUGGCCUUUCUUGUAUUGUUUGAUAUUUCCAACAAACUAUUCUCAGGUGGGAACUUCCAAUGGAGAGGAGCAUGAAAACAUACCCAACCACUAAUGAAACACUUAUUAAGUGCCUAUCGUGGGUCAGGUGCUAUUUGGACUGGAUAUAAAACAAAAAAAGACAACUUCAUGCUCUCAUUCAGCUUACCUUAAAUAAACAUGACAGACACCAACAAGGCUAAUACUUUAGAUGGGCACUUAAGGAAGUCCUCCAAGAAAGGGACAAGUGAGGUGAAACAUGAUUGGCAAUAAUUCAUUUAUUUCUCCCUCUGAAGAUGAAUGCAGAGUGUCCUACACAGAUGGAACAGCAAAGGCAGGAAAUGCCUGACUUCCAGGGAAGGGAAGGGCAGCAAGGUGUGACCUCUGGAAGGAACAGGGAAAGGGCUGCAGCACCAAGGCCACCGACGUAAGACCCCUGCCAAACUCCACUAGAACACCAUGCCCUGAACAUGUCUAAAUACUCAGCCAAUUCUAGUUUGGGCCCAGCCAUGCCACUCUUGGACACACAAAGUUCUGAGAUGGAAAAGACCAAAAACCUGAGAAUUAACUACUUCCAUAACAUUAU